GUCCGUUCCUCCCAUCAAGGCGGUCGCUGGGGGGGGAGCUCGUGUGUCAACAUCCAGGGUUUUCCCCAGGGAGGCGUAGCAUUAAUACCUGAUGUUGCCUUGAAACAGUCUUUUCUCAAACGGUAGCAGCUUUCUGUACUACAAAAAGCAGUAGAAGACGCACACCUUCACGCGCCGCUUUGACGUUAGCUAAUGUUAUUUCAAAGGAUGACGGUGUACAAAGUGCCAGCAGCCUCUCCGGUAAUUUAAUAAGAUCUGGGGGACGUGCUAGCUUAGCUAGCUGGCCUUGUAGUUUGGGCGAGACCAGGGAAACGCUGCGAAACGCUCUGCUGACAUGAUGUUUCCUCAAUCCAGGCACACGGCGUCAUCUCAGUCCGGCCAAGCUCUGAAGUUCACCACCUCUGACUCCUGUGACCGAAUCAAAGAUGAGUUCCAGUUCCUGCAAGCACAGUAUCACAGUUUGAAGUUGGAGUGUGAUAAGCUGGCCUCAGAGAAGUCAGAGAUGCAGCGUCACUACAUCAUGUAUUAUGAAAUGUCCUAUGGGCUCAACAUUGAAAUGCACAAACAGGCUGAAAUAGUGAAGAGACUGAAUGGGAUCUGUGCUCAGGUGCUGCCUUACCUUUCCCAGGAGCACCAACAGCAAGUCAUGGGCGCCAUAGAGAGAGCCAAGCAGGUCACACCUCCUGAGAUGAACUCCAUCAUACGGCAACAGCUGCAGGUGCAGCACCUGUCCCAGCUCCAGGGCCUGACCCUGCCCGUGACCCCGCUGCCCCUGGGCCUCACCCCCCCCUCCCUGCCUGCGGUCUCCUCCAGCUCAGGCCUGCUCUCCCUCUCCUCCAUCCUGGCCAACUACUCUCACAGCCAGCCGCAGGCAGGGAAGGAGGACAAGGCCAGAGACGGUGCAGAGAGAGCGCCCAGGGGAGACGAUGGCGACAAGUCAGACUAGUGAAGGCUCACAGAGGUCAUUGGGCUGAGGGUAGUGGGAGCUAGUAUGUUGGGGUUGGGGGGUGUAAGUGUUUAAAAGGAAAACUGACUGUAAACGGGGGUUGAUGCACGACUGACUGCUGAGCGUUGUAGAGAACUACGCAGAAAUGAUAAUGAUGAGGAUUCUGAAACGCUUAAAAUGAGAGCUAAAGUCUGUGUGGUUUAGUGGUCAAUGGCUCGGUUCAGACCUCAGAAGUUCAAUAGUUUCUUUGUGUGUGAUCAGUUGUUAUUAGCCCUAACGGAUAUAAAUGUUGUUGCUUUUGCAGGGAGGGCUGACUGAGCAGCUGGCCUUCUUCACUGUUUGUUUGCCAUGUCUCCUGUAGUCACACAGCAACAAUAAGCAGGUUUAAAAUCACCCUGGAUCUUUAUAUCAUUUGCUUUCCUUCUUUGUAGGUAACAGAGGCACCGCUAUCAGUUUAUCUCCAAUAAACUCUCCCACCUGUUCCCUCGGAUAUGGCUUUAAAGUAUGAAAUAAUCUUUUUUGAAGUGUAAUGCUCAUCCCAAACAAGCAACAAAUUGAUCCAACAUGGAGCUGGUGUCCCUUCAGUUAUUACACUGGAUGAACUCUGUUUUUGAGCUGAGUCCUUUCGAGAUGAGUUUAACGUCAUUUUAUUUUCAGGACCAGACUGAAGAGUUUUUUUUUUCUUUUCUCUUGAUUGUUCAAUCCAGCUUUCUGAUAGCUUGGAAAAUGCAGCAU